UGGAUGGAUGAUGUUUACGGGAGAAUAGAGGUCUUCCCACAGCACUUCACUCCCAACAAAGUAAGAGCAACAUGGAUCCUUCACCAAGGUUAGAGAAUAUUGACCAAGUCUUGAGAUAUGCACGCCUUUCUGGGUACCUCCAUAUUACAAGUAGAUGGACUCGACUUCCUGGGGAGCCGCCUAUCAUAGACGAUGCCGAUGUGGAUGACUGGCUUCCCCGCUUUGUUGUCCUACAAGGACAGUGUUUAUACUACUAUCUGAAGUCUACAGACCUGAGCCCGCAGGAAUCGACGCUGCUGCGCGACGUGGUGGAGGUAGGGCAGCUCCCCAACUUUGUGGCGGAGGACGGGAAAACGAGAUACGCCUUGUUCAUACUGACCCGGCAGGGCCUGAGGUUCGAGUGCUCGAGCAGCUGCGAGAUAGAGGUGGAUUCGUGGGUAAGGGCCAUAAGAAGCGACUGCAAACUGGCAGAAGCAGGCGCCGAGGCGAAGAGCAAGACGAGCGGGGGAUGGUGAUGCAUUAAAAUUGUGUAGUAGCUGUAAGCUAAACAGAAGGGGGCUUGCUUUAGUCUGUACUGUAGAGGCUGUAGGAGUAUAUGCAGAUGUAUGUAUAUAAAAUUUGAGAAGCGUGUAAGCAGCUGUAGGUGACAGGCUUGUUUGUGCAGUAUGAAUUAUGAUUAACAGGUUUGUUGGUUGAUUCAGAUCUGAAGAAGAAAACAAUGAAGAAGAAGCAGCA